AUGGAGAUCAAAUAUGCUAAGUUUCUCACCUGCAUUGAUACCACUCUGUGCUAUCGCUCAUGUAUUCCCGUGCAGAACCUAGAGACUGACCCUGUAUUUGAAGCAUUGGAUAAGAUAUUCCGCCGCUACAACAAGGCAGGCUUUCAAGUCAAGAUCAUCAAGUGUGAUCGGGCAUCCAUUCCUCUUACGGAUGAUAUGCUAGAUGAUACGGGUGUUACUAUUGACCCUACUGCAGCUGGAGACCACGAGCCUACCGAUGAGCGAAACAAUAGGACGCUGAAAGAAAGAGUCAGAGUAGCUCUUGCACCAUUACCCUACAAAGUGGUACCAAAAGUGAUCACUGAAUGUCUUGGACGUCGAGCCGCCGAGCUAUUGAACGUCUUUCUCCAGAAAGACAGCAUCUCAUCACAUUUCAGUCCGCAGCAACUCAUUGAUAAUGUCAAUAUCAACUACAAGAGUGACAUGGUUGCUGAACUUGGACAAUAUGUUCAUGCAAUUGGGACGGAUUCCAACAAUUCGAUGGAACCCCGAAGUAUCGAAGCAAUUUACAUUGAACCUACAAAGGGACAACGUACUGGGCACCGAGUGCUCAACCUCAAUACUAAGAAGAUGAUUUCCCGACCCAAGGUCGUUGUACUACCCGUUACCGACCAAGUAAUCCAGCGUGUUGAAGCUUGGGCUGCUGCCGAAGGUGUUACUUCCAUGAAGUUCUUUGAUAAGAAGAGAGAUUUGGAGACAUUUCAAGAUGGCGAUCAAAUCGCAGGAGUGGAUGACACGGAACAAGGCUACUUAGUAGAAGAAGCCUUUGAUCAGGACUAUGAACCUGAAGAUGAAGAUGAGCGUGAUUUCAAUCUACGUGGACAAUUCAAUGAUAUCAAUGACUCCAAAAGAGAAGCGCUCUUGGCAGAUGCAGACAAUGAUGUCGAUGAUAUGCCAGAACUCACUGUCAGAUUCCAAGGAGAUGACGACUAUGAAUCAGACGACAAUUUGGGUGAUCAAGGCGACGGAGAGGAAGAACCUAUUGGUGUGGUCAAUUUGGACCACCAUCAAGAAAAUGUCGAUAGAGGUUGGGAGGCUGGUUACUGA